GCUAUCUCCAGCGUGACUAUCGGCGUGUGUCAGCUGGCGGGCACAGAGAGCUCGCGUCUUCCACGGGUAGUGGCUGGUACGUGAAGCCGGUACACUCAGGUGCUCAGAAUCGCCAUCCUCAUCACCAUAGCUCGUCUCUCUCCAUCUUCGUUAUUCAUACUCGGUUGAGAUCUGAGACAAGCGACCUUCGGAUUUCGUCUUCCGGUCUCCGUCUCCGCUUCAGCUGUGGUCAUCUCUGUCUCGCUCGCUCCCUCAUGAGCUUCUGAACUUGGCGCAUGAGUUGAUUCCGAUCCAACUCAGCCAGCUUGCUGCCCGAUUAGAUCGAUAGUCAUACUAAUAUGAUGCUCGCUAGCACACUUGUGCUGCCACUGGCGGCACUGUUGUCCAUGACAGGAACCACAUUUGCUGCACACCAGACGAACCAAUACUACACAACGAAUGACGCCUUACUGCAACAGAAUCCCUUCCUGACCUUCAACGAUCGCCCGGCCGACUGUCCACCUUGCUUCAACUGCAAUCUCGGCGACUUCGUAUGUCAUCAAUUCGCCAACUGCACACAAAGCAGCGGCAAAUGUGCUUGUCUAGCAGGCUUCGGAGGAGAAGAUUGCAGCGAACCACUCUGUGGCUCUCUUGCAGGUGGCAAGGAUCGGCCGCUCCGCAAUAAAGAUGCGCCCUGCGACUGUGAGGAAGGAUGGGAGGGGAUAAACUGCAAUGUGUGCAAGACGGACGAUGCAUGCGCGGCUCUUAUGCCAGGCGAUCAUUCGGGAGGCGUCUGUUUUCGCGAGGGUGUCGUGGUCAAGGAAAAUUACCAAAUUUGCGAUAUCACAAACCGCAAAAUCAUCGAUCAAUUAAAGGAUCAAAAGCCACAGGCGACCUUUGGUUGCAAUGCAGAAAGAGCCGAGUGUAAUUUCCAAUUUUGGGUGGACCAAAGGGAAAGCUUCUAUUGCGCGCUGGAUCACUGCGAAUGGGGUUUCGAAGCUACGGAGACACAGAACAAGACAAAGUACCACUGCGGAGAAGUCAAGUGUCGGUGUAUCCCAGGCCGCAUGCUCUGCGGUGCCGAUGGAAGCAUCGACAUCAGUGAAUUCUUGACAGAAGAGAUCAAAGGCCCAGCCGAUUUCACCAGCAUCAAGACUGCUGGCGGAUCUAAAGACGAUGGCAGCAUCUUCUCGGAACCCGCGAUGAAUGACCUUAUUUCAAGCGUCUUCGGUGACCGGAGCAUCUUUCUGUCAUGUCAUAGCGGCGAAUGCCUUUACAAGACCGAAGUCCCUGGCUAUGAGCGACCCGUCAAGACCAUCAACACACCACUAAUCGCCGCUGUCAUUGCAGGAUGUGCACUGUUCGUUGUCGGAGUGAUCCUGGCAAUUUACUUCAUUGCUCGACGCAAUGCGAAGAAUAAGUGGGGGCCGAUCCAUCUAAGUGAUGACGAAGAGGAAGAAAGCGCAAGACUACUGGCAGACCACAAACCCGCAGCGCUAUUCUUCGAAAACAUAGCGUACAGUCUCAAAGGAAAGCAAAUCUUGUCCAACAUCUCUGGCUCUGUGCACCCUGGCGAGAUCUUGGCCAUUAUGGGAGCAUCUGGCGCUGGCAAAACGUCGUUCCUUGACAUCCUUGCGCGGAAGAAGAAGCGCGGAGCUGUCACAGGAAGCUUUUGGCUCAAUGGUGAAAAGGUGUCCGAUGCCGACUUCCGCAGUGUGACCGGAUUCGUGGAUCAAGAUGACACUAUGCUGCCGACCUUGACCGUCCACGAGACGAUCCUAGACUCUGCCCUUCUUCGGCUGCCGAAGCAAAUGAGUCAAGCAGCCAAGGAGCAGAAGGUCGAGGAUGUAGAACGACAACUGGGCAUCUAUCAUAUCCGCCACCAGAUCAUUGGCUCAGAAGAGGGCAACGGUCGAGGCAUCUCCGGCGGUGAAAAACGUCGUGUCGGAAUCGCCUGUGAGCUCGUCACAAGCCCAAGUAUUCUUUUCUUGGACGAGCCGACGUCAGGCCUCGAUGCUUUCAAUGCCUACAACGUUGUGGAAUGCCUUGUAACAUUGGCCAAGACCUACAACAGAACCGUCGUAUUCACCAUUCACCAACCUCGUUCAAACAUUGUUGCGCUCUUCGAUCAACUUAUCCUGCUUGCUCAGGGACGGACAGUGUACAGCGGACCGUUCAAAGACUGCCAGAACUAUUUCGAUAACAUCGGUUACUCGUGUCCACCUGGGUUUAACAUUGCCGAUUAUCUGGUUGAUCUGACGAUGCACGCGAGCGCGAACUCGGACGAAUUGGGCUAUGAUGACACUGGCCUGCUGGGAUCCGAUAUCGACGGACAAGCAACUCGCGCGAGUAGUACCAUUGCUGUCAAGAGCAUUCCAAGCAUCAGUAAUGUCAGUAUGGAAGGAUCUAUAGGCUCGACUGCGGGCGACAGCUCCCACAAGCCUCGAAACACAAGAAAGACCAGCAUUAGACAGCAGCAGGAAAGACAACUCUUCACGCGGCGACCGACCCAAGACAAUGGAACGGCAAGCAUUCGUAGCGAAGGCGAUAGUCUCUACGAACGUGAUACCCUCGAGAAUCGUAGACAAUGGCUGAAGCUCUCCAAGCAGCAAGGUCAGCCGUCUGCUCAGAUCGUCGACGAUUCUCAUAACCUGCCCCCUUCUGCAGACGGUACGGACGCCCUGAGUACCCUAGUAUCCGCUUAUCUUGGCUCCGAUGUUGCCUUGAGUCUUCAUGCCAGCAUCCGUCAUGCUAUUAGCACUGCGUCGGAGAGCAAUGGACAUGCGAAUGGCGCACCAAACGGAUCUAUCACUGCCAGAGUAAGAGGGUAUCAAAAGCCUGGUAUCGCACGACAGUUCUACAUCCUUUCUGUCCGAACAUGGCGAAACCUCUACCGCAACCCUCAGCUCAUGCUCACCCACUACGCCAUUGCCAUUGUUCUGGCGGUGUUCCUCGGAUUCUGCUUCUACGGUAUGACUGAUGAGCUCAGCGGAUUCCAGAAUCGUCUCGGAUUCUUCUUCUUCCUUCUCUCGCUCUUUGGCUUCAGCACAUUGACGUCCUUGACUGUCUUUGCACCUGAACGUCUCCUAUUUGUCCGUGAACGCGCCAAAGGCUACUAUGCACCUAUCUCAUACUUCCUUUCGAAAAUUAUUUUCGAUAUCGUGCCCUUGCGCAUCAUUGCGCCGACGAUCAUGGGAUGUAUCGUCUACCCGAUGACGGGCCUCCUGGCGAGCUGGCCGGAAUUCUUCAAGUUCCUGCUGUUCAUUGUGCUUUUCAACCUCGCCGCGGCUUUGAUCUUGCUCUUCAUUGGCAUCUGUGUCAAGAACCAGGGCGUGGCAAACUUGCUUGGUGUUUUGGUCAUGCUGUUCAGCCUGCUCUUUGGAGGAUUCUUGCUCAACCAUGAGACCAUUCCAGGCCCGGUCAGGUGGUUGCAAUACCUCUCGAUCUAUCACUACGGCUUCGAAGGCCUCGCUGUCAACGAGGUCCGCUAUCUGUCUCUGCACGAUCAUAAGUAUGGUCUCGAUAUCGAAGUGCCGGGAUCUGCCAUUCUAUCCAGCUUUGGGUUCAAUGUGCUUGCAUUGUGGCAGGACGUCAUUGGUCUGGCGAUCGUUUCGGGAGUCUUCCUUGUUCUUGGUUAUGCUGCCAUUCACAUCUUGUUGAUCGAGAAGAGGUAGAGCGCUCGAUGCAUCGAUUACAAGUAAUUUCUAUAGAAUCUAAAGAUUUACCUACAC